AUGAAGAUCUUAACGAAGGAGGAGGAGCGAGAGCAUUACAAUGCCACGGUCACGGGUGGUCUCAUCGGCGGCACCGCAGGUGUAGCAGCAGGUGCACUGGGAGUCUACGCCGCAUCCGCACGCUUUCCCGCCUUCAGAUCGCUCACACUGCCCUUCCGAACCUUCUUGAUCGCCAGUACAGGCACCUUCGCAUCCAUCGUCUCCGCCGACAGCUACUCCCGCUCCUACGAAGCCUCCCGCAACCCGGCCAAGCAAUACGAAGAUGAACAACAGUCCCUGCAGGACCAACUCCGCUCCCAACAAUCCACCUACGAACGCACCAUGUCCUGGCUCUCCAACAACCGCUACGGCGUCGUCUUCGGGUCGUGGGUAGCCUCCAUGGCCACCGCCCUUGGCCUCGUCGGCAGGAACCCCUACCUCUCCACGCAACAAAAGCUCGUUCAAGCGCGUGUGUACGCUCAAGGCCUCACCAUCGCCGUCGUGAUCAUCUCCCUCGCGUUCGAAACGACGGACUCGGCGACGGGACAAGGACGGUGGGAGACGGUGAAAGUGCUCGACCCCAACGACCCCACGCACAAGCAUAUGAUUGAGAAGCAGAUCCACCACGAGCGGUAUGCGGGCGAGGAUCAAUGGAGGGAUAUGGUGGAGGCGGAGGAGAACCGGAUCAAGGAGCGCGAGCAGGCGAUCAAGGAGCGAGAGGCGGCGGAUAAGAAGAAGGGGAAGAAGCCGCAGAAGCAUCAUGAUGAGGAGCAUGGCAAGCCGGAGGAGGCGAAGGAUGACAAGGUUAAGGCGCCGUGA